AUGGCCCCUCCGGGCCCGGCUGGCGCGCACCCCGCCCCGGCCGAGCCGCUGUCCCGCAGCAUCUUCCGGAAGUUCUUGCUGAUGCUCUGCUCCCUGCUCACGUCCCUGUACGUCUUCUACUGUCUGGCCGAGCGCUGCCGGACCCUGUCGGGCCCCGUCGUGGGGCUGUCGGGCGGCGAGGAGGUGCGCGCCCCGGGUCGCGGCGCCCUGGCCGGAGGCCCCCGCGAGCUGGCGGCGUGGCCCGCGGCGCAGAGAAAGCGCCUUUGGCAGCUGCGGCCGUGGAGGAGGCGCCGGCGGCCUCCGGGGCGCGACGGCGGCGAGGAGGCGGCCUGGGAGGAGGAGACCCCCAGCCUGGCCGGGGGUCCCGGGGGCUCCGGGGCCGGGAGCAGCGUGGCCGAGCCCCCGCCAGGGACCCUGGCGCUGCUGCUGGACGAGGGCAGCAAGCAGCUGCCGCAGGCCAUCAUCAUCGGCGUGAAGAAGGGCGGCACGCGGGCGCUGCUCGAGUUCCUGCGCGUGCACCCCGACGUGCGCGCCGUGGGCGCCGAGCCCCACUUCUUCGACCGCAGCUACGACAAGGGCCUCGCCUGGUACCGGGACCUGAUGCCCAGAACCCUGGACGGGCAGAUCACCAUGGAGAAGACGCCCAGUUACUUCGUCACCCGGGAGGCCCCCGCGCGCAUCUCGGCCAUGUCCAAGGACACCAAGCUCAUCGUGGUGGUGCGCGACCCGGUGACCAGGGCCAUCUCGGACUACACGCAGACGCUCUCCAAGCGGCCCGACAUCCCCACCUUCGAGAGCCUGACGUUCAAAAACCGGAGCACGGGCCUCAUCGACACGUCGUGGAGCGCCAUCCAGAUCGGCAUCUACGCCAAGCACCUGGAGCACUGGCUGCGCCACUUCCCGCGCGGCCAGAUGCUCUUCGUGAGCGGCGAGCGGCUCAUCAGCGACCCGGCCGGCGAGCUGGGCCGCGUGCAGGACUUCCUGGGCCUCAAGAGGAUCAUCACCGACAAGCACUUCUACUUCAACAAGACCAAGGGCUUCCCCUGCCUGAAGAAGGCCGAGGGCAGCAGCAAGCCCCACUGCCUGGGCAAGACCAAGGGCAGGCCGCACCCCGACAUCGACCCCGAGGUGGUGCGGCGGCUGCGCGAGUUCUACCGGCCCUUCAACCGCAAGUUCUACCAGAUGACCGGGCACGACUUCGGCUGGGAUGGAUAACAAUAUAAUUUAAAAAGAAAAAAAAAAAGAAUCAAAUAUAAUAUAUUUUUUUACCAAUCGGUAGAGAAAAGGCAGUUUAAUAUUUGUGCUGAAAAUAUUUCUUUCACUAGUUUUUUCAAUGAAUGUUAAGAGAUUGUUCUCACCUCUGACCCCAUCUUCAUGUG